AUGAUUAAGUUGCAAGUGAAAGUUAUUUCUUGGCCUUUUAUAAUUUUAACAGCAUUUUUACGCGUGCUGCAAAUUGAAAGCAUAAAUACCAAUUUCCUUGAGCUGGCAGCCUUCGAGGACUUUUUGCGUUCGGAGCACUUGACCCAGGUCCUGGUGGUUCGCGGCGCUGAUGCUGAUGGCGACUGGCAAAUUGAAUGCCACCAGAAAUUGUUGGCCAACUAUCGUGUGCAAUUUUACCGGCCAGGAAUGUCGGCGAAUUUCGAGGAUCUCAUGUUCUACGGGUCUCCGCGCACGGCGGUCCUGGUGCUGAAUUUCGAGCAUGUCCUCGUGAGGCGCCGGGUGCUCGGGGUGGCCUCCGAGGCCGGAUACUUUAACAACUCGCUGGCGUGGUUCAUUCUCGGCUCUGGCCGGGAAUCUCUGCCAGAUGAGCAGCUGAUUGAGCAGCACUUGAGUGGCUACAGCAUGGGCAUUGAUGCGGAUAUCACGGUGGCCUUGAGGGCUCAAGAUAACAAAUCUUGGCCUCUCUAUGAUGUAUACAGAAUCAGCCAGCGAGUUCCUAAGUCUCUGAUAGUUAAAAGGAAGGGAAUAUGGACCUUUUCUGGUGGUUAUCAGCUCUUGGAAAACUUUCAGAACACCUGGAUAAUUCAACGGCGCAACUUCCUCAAUGUCACUCUGGUGGGCAGUACUGUGUUGACAGAGAAGCCACCUGGAUUCGAUGACAUGGAAUACCUGGCGGACGAUAAGCAGCUCCAACAAUUCGAUCCCAUGCAGCGGAAGACCUAUCAGCUGUUUCAACUAGUCGAGAGCAUGUUCAAUCUCAGCUUGGCCAUGAGGUUCACGGAUAAGUGGGGUGAUUUGCUGGAGAAUGGCAGUUGGUCCGGAGUGAUGGGUCAGGUGACGAGUCGCGCGGCGGACUUUGCCGUGUGUCCCGUUCGCCUUCUGCCGGACAGACAGCCCUACGUGCAGUACUCGGCGGUCCUGCACAUCCAGGACAUCCACUUUCUCUUCCGCCAUCCCCGCCGCAGUCACAUCAGGAACAUAUUCUUCGAGCCGCUUAGCACCCAGGUGUGGUGGUGUGUCCUGGUUUUGGUCUCUGCCAGCACUCUACUUCUGCUGAUUCAUGUGCGGCAAGAAAGGAGGCUGUCGCACUUGGAUAAUCGGCUGUCAUUCGUUUGGUUCACCAUGCUGGAGACCUAUUUGCAACAGGGUCCUGCCACAGAGAUCUUUCGCUUAUUUUCCACUCGACUGCUGAUCAGCUUUAGUUGUGCCUUCAGUUUUGUGCUGAUGCAGUUCUACGGCGCCUUCAUAGUGGGUUCCCUGCUCUCCGAAAGUUCGAGAAGUAUUGUUAGCCUAAAGGCGCUAUAUGACAGCAAUAUGGCCCUUGGCAUGGAAAACAUAUCCUACAACUUUCCGAUAUUUACCGACACCAGAAAUCAGCUGGUAAGGGAUGUGUAUGAAAAGAAAAUCUGCAAAUCAGGAGAGCACAACGUCCUGACCUUGCAGCAGGGAGCCGAAAGGAUCAUCCAAGGACGCUUUGCCUUCCACUCGGCCAUAGAUCGCAUGUACCGGCAGCUCUUGGACCUUAAGAUGGAUGAGGGAGAGUUCUGCGACCUGCAGAAGAUCAUCUUUAACCCGCCGUACGACGCGGCAUCCGUAAUGCCCAAGGGCUCGCCGUGGAGGGAGCACCUGGCCCAUGCCUUGCUCGUCCUUCGGACCAGUGGCCUAAUGCAGUACAACGAGAAGAAGUGGAUGGUCCCUCGGCCAGAUUGCAGCCUAUUUAGGGCCCAGGCAGCCGAGGUGGACCUGGAGCACUUCGCCCCGGCACUUCUUGCCCUGGCACUCGCCAUGAUGGCCAGUGCUCUGGUCUUUCUACUGGAACUCUUUCUGCACUGGCUGCCGGACUUUCGCAGGAGGUUGGGGGUCGUGUCCAUGUCCACUUAA